AUGUUCUCCCGAAACCACCGGAGCCGGGUCACCGUGGCCAGGGGCUCUGCCCUGGAGAUGGAGUUCAAACGCGGCCGCUUCCGACUCAGCCUCUUAAGCGACCCGCCGGAGGACACAGAGUUGCAAAGAAAGUUAGACCAUGAGAUCCGGAUGAGGGAAGGGGCCUGCAAGCUGCUGGCGGCCUGCUCCCAGCGAGAGCAGGCUCUGGAGGCCACCAAGAGCCUGCUGGUGUGCAACAGCCGCAUUCUCAACUACAUGGGCGAGCUGCAGCGGCGCAAGGAGGCACAGGUGCUGAAGAAGACAGGCCGGCGGCCUUCGGACAGUGGGCCACCCACUGAGCGCUCCCCCUGCCGUGGCCAGAUCUGCAUUUCUGAUCUCCGGAUUCCACUCAUGUGGAAGGACACAGAGUAUUUCAAGAACAAAGGCGACCUGCACCGCUGGGCUGUGUUCCUGCUGCUGCAGAUAGGGGAACACAUUCAGGACACAGAGAUGAUCCUGGUGGACAGGACCCUCACAGACAUCUCCUUUCAGAACAACGUGCUCUUUGCCGAGGCAGGGCCAGACUUUGAACUGCGGCUGGAGCUGUACGGGGCCUGUGUGGAAGAGGAGGGAGCCCUGGCUGGAGCCCCCAAGAGGCUUGCCACCAAACUCAGCAGCUCCCUGGGCCGCUCCUCUGGGAGGCGUGUCCGAGCAUCGCUGGAGACUUCUGGGGGCUCAGGCAGCAGUCCCAUCUUGCUUCCCACUCCAGCUGUGGGUGGUCCUCGUUACCACCUCUUGGCUCACACCACACUCACCCUAGCAGCUGUGCAGGAUGGGUUCCGCACACAUGACCUCACCCUCGCCACUGCUGAGGAGAACCCUGCCUGGCUGCCCCUUUAUGGCAGUGUGUGUUGCCGCCUGGUGGCUCAGCCCCUCUGCAUGACUCAGCCUACUGCAAGUGGUGCCCUCAGGGUGCAGCAAGCUGGGGAGCCGCAGGACUGGGUGCAAGUUCACGGAGUCCUGAAAGGCACAAACCUCUUCUGUUACCGGCAACCUGAGGACACAGCCCCUGGGGCCGAGCCGCUGUUUACUAUCGCAAUCAACAAGGACACUCGAGUCUGGGCAGGGGAGCUGGACCAGGCAGCCGGCGGGCCCUUCACCCUGAGCAUCCAGAACCAGGAUGGGGAGGAAGAGGUGACGCACACUCUUCAGGCGGAGAGUCGGGGAGCCCUGCAGAGCUGGAUGGAGGCUCUGUGGCAGCUUUUCUUUGACAUGAGUCAGUGGAAGCAGUGCUGUGAUGAAAUAAUGAAAAUUGAAACACCUGCUCCUCGGAAACCACCCCAAGUGCUGGCCAAGCAGAGGUCCUUGUACCAUGAAAUGGCUAUUGAGCCGCUGGAUGACAUCGCAGCGGUGACAGACAUCCUGGCCCAGCGGGAGGGUGCGAGGCUGGAGACGCCCCCACCCUGGCUAGCAAUGUUUACAGACCAGCCUGCCUUGCCUGGCCCCUGCUCACCUGCUUCGGUGGCCCCGGCUCCAGCCCGGAUCCAUUCCUUGCCCUGGGGGAGACCCCGAACAUUCUCUCUGGAUGCUGUCCCCCCAGACCACUCCCCUGGGGCUUCUCGCUUGGUUGCCCCUCGCCCCCUGCAGCGGUCCCCACGGUCCAGAGGCCUCUGCACCAAAGGCCCACCCCACACUUGGCUCCAGUCACCAGUGUGA